AUGGUUUGUGUGCCGUGUAUAGUGAUUCCAUUUCUCCUCUGGGUUUUCAACAGAUACAUUCGACCAAUAAUUUCCAAAUUCUGGAACCCGUCCACUGAAAAAUUAGAACAAUCAAAAUGUCCGUUUAAAGGUAGUCCAACCGACUCGAGUGGAACGUCGACGAUACCCGAAACAGAGGCACGAAUAAUAUUUUCAUAUUUUACUGUGAAUAAUCUAAAAGCUGAAAUAAUUGGGCUAUGA